GUUCCUCCGGCACUUCCCGUUUUCAGUCUCUCCGCCCACCUCCGGAGCUGGUGCCUGGUCGUUGGGGCCCUCGCCUUUGCGUCCUCUGCGCCCAAGAGAGCAGGUGCCUUGGGCGGACCUCGGCCGCUUCUGUAUUGCGAGCGCCUGCUUUGCAUUCAGCUCCAAACCCGGGAGAGCCCUGGGGACAGCAGAGAGGCGCAGUGGCCUGACAGUGAGUCCGAGGGUUCCGCGGUUGCGUCUUGCCCAUGGGCACUCUGUGGGCCCGGGGUUGUUCACAGCACCCCUGCGCCUCCGUGACAGGAGGAGCUAAGCACCAGGCUUCUCAACGCUACCAUGCACUUUAUAACCCAGGAAUUCGCAUCCCUAGAACGUAUUCUGCCAGAGCACAGAGCGGUGUCUAGAGCCGAACAGGUUUAUAGCUUCUCUUGCUGAUGAAAAGAGAAAGGAAGAAUGGACUACAGUCACCAAACUUCUCUAGUCCCAUGUGGAAAAGAUAAAUACAUUUCCAAGAAUGAACUUCUCCUGCAUCUGAAGACCUACAACUUGUACUAUGAAGGCCAGAAUUUGCAGCUCCGACACCGUGAGGAAGAAGACGAGUUCAUCGUGGAGGGCCUGCUCAACAUCUCCUGGGGGCUGCGCCGGCCCAUUCGUCUGCAGAUGCAGGAUGACCACGAGCGCAUUCGCCCCCCUCCCUCCUCGUCCUCCUGGCACUCCGGCUGUAAUCUGGGAGCUCAGGGCACCAUCCUGAAACCCCUCACCAUGCCCAACAUUCAGAUCACAGAGGUAGACGACCCAGAUGAGAAUGACCAGAUGUCAAGCCCCACAGACUCCAGGGGUCUGAAGCCAGUGCAGGAAGACACCCCACAGCUGAUGCGCACACGCAGUGAUGUUGGCGUGCGUCGUCGAGGCAAUGUGAGGACACCUAGCGACCAGCGGCGAAUCCGACGCCACCGCUUCUCCAUCAAUGGCCAUUUCUACAACCACAAGACGUCAGUCUUCACACCAGCCUACGGCUCCAUCACCAACGUUCGCAUCAACAGCACCAUGACCACCCCGCAGGUCCUGAAGCUACUGCUCAACAAAUUUAAGAUUGAGAAUUCGGCAGAGGAGUUUGCUUUGUACGUGGUCCAUACCAGUGGUGAGAAACAGAAGCUGAAGAACACCGAUUACCCGCUGAUUGCCCGAAUCCUUCAGGGCCCAUGUGAGCAGGUCUCUAAAGUGUUCCUUAUGGAGAAGGACCAAGUGGAGGAAGUCACCUAUGACGUGGCCCAGUAUAUAAAGUUCGAGAUGCCUGUCCUUAAAAGCUUCAUUCAGAAGCUCCAAGAGGAAGAAGAUCGGGAAGUAAAGAAGCUGAUGCGCAAGUACACCGUGCUCCGGCUAAUGAUUCGGCAGAGACUGGAGGAGAUAGCCGAAACCCCAGAAACAAUCUGAGCCACGAGAAAGAGGGGAUCCAGACACCACAAUAGCUGCCGUUGACAUGAGAAGACCCACAGGAAACUGGAUGCCUUCCUUCCACAGAAAUGUUGAGAUGCAAACGUCUCCAGCUCUCAGAAAGCCAGCAUUUGCUGCCUGGAGCAGGAUGGAGAAGCCAGCGGACAGCUCUUCAUCCUUGGACUCCUGAGCUUCUCCUUUCUUUCAUCCACAAGGACUUUGGAUUUUUGUUAUAAGGAGGGCCCAAAAUGUAUGUGUGCGCGUGCACGCAAGUCUGCACAUGUGUGCGCACAUAGUACAUGUCCAUGUGCCUACCUGAUACAUUCACAUUCCAUUAAAUUCCAGACAACCAGCACAAGUGCCACGAGGCUGGCGGGCGUGCUGCUCGUGGGCUGCAAAAUCAGAGGAGUCACCUAUCUGAGGGGUUUUAAGCUGGAAAAAAUGUUCUCCCCUCAAGUGCCAGGGAGAAGCCACAAUAUCUGCCCGUGCUUAGAAGGGGAAAGGGGCUCAGCAAGCUCACCUCAGCAAGCUUGAGGUAUGUAUACGUUAGUAGAAAUUCUCCCUCUUUGCCUAGCAGAUCUGCAAAUGUGAGCUCCUUGGAAAUUAACAAAAUAAUAGCCCCAUGCACUUGGGGCACGUGCACUUGGGGCACUGAUGGCAAGAGAAAGAUAAAUCAUCAGUGGGGUAGAUGCAAUAAGCCCACAAGUUUUUACACUGGAAACUUCCAUUUUAAAUGACAAAGAUGUAGAUGAUGAUUUAUGUAGAUGCCUGUAGAGAGUGGAUUCUGCUUCUGUCCUUGCCUCCACGGCCACCUCUAGGAGACAGGAGGGGAGCCUGAUGUUUCUCAGCACGCAAGCUGCUGACCCCAUCUCUUUGGUGCCUCCUUGAGUUGAAGGAAGGAUCUCAUGAAACAGACCUCUCUGGUUUGCACAUGGCGCUAACUGGUAAUUGUGACCUAGGCCUGGGCUUGUUCUGCGGUGGUGGCUAGGCAGUGUCCCUUCUUAGGGAAAUGUAGAGGCUCUUUGCAGAUAUGACAGGUGCCUGUGAACCCAGCCUGUUUUCACAUCAUCAAGGGGUCUUGCUGCACUUGAAGCUGUACUUCUGUGUGUUUGAAGUCAAGGCUUUCUUCUUUCCAAAGUUGGAUUCUUGCAAGUUUCCCUCUCCUUGUGUGUGGACAUGGACUCCAAGAAUGAGGACGCGUCCUGCUAAUGACUGAGCAUGGGUUCAGGGAAGCCCUUUGGGCUGCCCUCUGAAGGUACAGAGGGAGGAUAGAGCUUCUCUUUCAGCUUCUCUGAGCAGCCACCUGAGUGAUCUUUAGAGCAGACCCCAAUGAGAGGAAAAGGUCAGGGCCAGUUUGUCCCCUGUAGCCGCCAUCGGGAAGAGUGCCGGCAGCUGGAUGCCAGUGCAACUGAUACUGUUUGAAGAGGGACAGACACUUGCUUGGAGCAGGAUGCCUGACUAUGGAGAUCAACCAAGCAAGGCCAGGAACUCCUGACAGCCGGCAUCUCUGAGCCUUGUUGGGGUACAGACGCUCCCCAUCUCUUCUCUACUUCUUCUCCAAGAAUAGUUUGGAGAGCUGGCCAGUUGAGGAAAGGAGAACCAAUGGUCGAUGUCUGUAAGGAAGGUGGAUCUUGGCAGCAGAGCCAUUCCUGACUCAGGCGCCCUCCUGCUCCCUUCCUGCCCCUGUGGCUUCCAUGGACUCUUUAGAUGGCUCACAGGCGUGGUCUUAUUGUUAACUUUCAAGAAGAUGGCAUGCUGCAACCUGGCAUUCUUCCAGGGGUCUAUUAGCAAGCCUACCUCUUCUGUGGGGCAGCACCACCAGCCCAGUGGGGUGUGGACUGAAAAUCUGGAGGCCUUAGUCUCAAUCAUACACCUUGAUGGGCUUUGCAAAAUGCACAGAAUUGGGAAAAAAAGGGUGGAGGGGAGACUUCCUUUGUUAUCCAUGGGAAAGAACAGUUUUGUGAAUGCAGACAUACUUCCUGAGUUUUGCAUUUGAGAAAAUGGCUUGGAAAACUUUUCUUCCAGUUAUUUUUAUUUUGAAUGUUCAAAGCCUUUGUUGGCCGCAACAAUUCUCCUUGGAGGGCCAGGGAGAAGAAUUUCCACCAAGCAAAUACUAACCACUGACUUUUAUGGGACAGCUAUUUCUGAUUUAUGAAAGUUCCCUGUAAUUUGCACUCGCUCUACGAUAGUGUUGAAUAUGGACAUGUUGUAAAAUGUCAGGUUUUGCUGGAUCAUUUUCUGAGAAAGUGAUAAGGUAGACCUGGCUCUUUAAAGAUGGGGUCGGGGUGGAAGUGAGGGGAAAUCGUCUUACACAAUACAUACCAUUUAACGCAGGCCACACUUUUCUGUUUUGGUCCACCCUGUUUAGAGAUCAUUUCUCACACUCUAAUAACCCAAUCGGGAAUUUUGGAAAGGUUCUUUGAAACAGCAGCAGCUGAAACAGAGAUUCCUCCGCCAUGUGGAGGCGGAUUUUCUCACCGGUAUCACAUAGCCCUGCAGCUUUGAACUCCUGGACCAGUUUGUGUGGGUUUAUGUAAUUGUGUGCAAUGAACCUGAAAUUAUGUGAAAAACAAAAGGCCAAUUUAUAGGAUUCCCCCCCACCCCCCAAUUUGUGAAAAGCAGCAUAGCCACAUCUGCUUUCUUUUGUCACGGGCUUAUGUUGCAAGGUGAUCAAAUGAAGAAAAGCCUCAGUCCAUCUGGCUGGGAAGGGGGUCCGUUCCCCUAGGUGAUGGUGGAAUUAAGCACAAGGUCCCAUUCUCUGUGGUCACAUUAGUGGGAAGGUGAUGAGUUAAAUGGGUGGUGGGGUUACCUUGGGGAGGGACUGAAAAGCACAAAGAAUGGUCUUGGCUGUGAUGAUGGUGAGCAGUGUGCACAUGGGUGUCCAGGCCGGAAGGACUUUAACUUAGAUUUGAGGUUGAAGCAAGAGAAUCUCAGAUUAGCCACCCACCCAUGUGAAACGUGCUAAGACCUGAGGUCGGAUUUUGGUCUGAGCCUUCAAGGAGAAAUGUUUUCACCCUUCCCUCCUACCUACUGGAAAGAAAACCAUACUCUCUUCUAGAGAUCUCCUGAGAAAGACAUUUUAUCAUCAGUGUAAGUAAGAUUUUGGCAAUAAUGAGCAACCACAACAAAGAAAAGAAUCCUGUGCUCCGAUGCAAACAUCUUGACGAGAAUUCUGUGGAGCUGGGUGGUUAUUUCGGGGUCAGCAGGAUGGACUGAGCCACAAAAGGGCAAGAAGCUCUCUUAAGAAAAGAGAAACUCUCUUUAAAACGACAAAAAAAGUUAUUUCAAAGCUCUGUAGCACGAAACACAUGGUGUGAUAAAUGCAUCUCCAAGAGAGAAAUUUCUGUGUGAGCAAGGGAAUUUCAGGGUCUCAGUCACCAAACCACGACGUGGAGGCUGAGAUAAGAUACACAGGAGAUCUCCUCAAGCACCCCUGAGCAGCAUUUUUGAAUCUCAAAUUGUUUUACAGUCUUGCUUGAAUUGGAUGAGAUGGGUAAUGAUCUCCUAGUGAGGUAGAAAUAAAAAUGAAUCUGGCACCCCUUCUUCGUGCGUGAUUGCGUGUUCACCAUGUCACCGGGAGGUUACAGCGCCCCCUGUGGGUUAACCGAGCACAAGACAUGGACGAGCUGGUAAGGGAAAGCAUCGGUCUGAUGGCAGACAGACCUGUCUCCCAGACUGUUGCUUUCUGGUGUGUUUUUGCUAGCGUUUUUUCAGGGUUUCCCCACUUGUUUUAGCUUUGUGAAGUCUUCUUUUCUUAAUCAUAACUUGCCUUUUAGCAAUGGUACACGACCUGUUUCAAUGUUUGGUUCUGAGCUUAUAAACUGAUGUGUUUAGAUAUCUUAACAUAAUUUGACAAGGCCUCUGUAGGGAGCCAUGAAUUUUUGUAACAUUUUGAUAUGUUUUAAUGCACCUCAUUUAGAUGUUGUUGAAUAAAGCACUUUUCAAAGAGA